ACAUUCGCAAAUUCACAAAAAUACCCAUCAUGUUAUCUACCCAAAUUCCCGCCCAAGGACCUUUAUCGUCCUCCCAUAGUGCUAGGACCAGUGCCAGGGCCACUCCCACGGUGGAAGACCACGCCACCCCCCGCUCCGUCCCCGACUAUGACGCCGAAGAAAUUCCCGAUAACAACUUUGGCCGCUUGAUCCGCAGCCUCAAGGCCGCCUUAGGCCCUAACAAAGGUUUGUCUUGCAAAGACAUCGAUAUUGAACACAUCAAAUGCCUCAUGGAACAAUACGAGGCACGUGACGACGACUGGCUCAAGUAUGCGUUGCACGACCCAUCCCGUCCCUACACCAGAAAUGGUAUCAUCAACCUCAACGGUAAUGCCAACCUCUUGAUAUUGUGCUGGUCUCCAGGAAAAGGAAGUGCCAUCCACGACCAUGCCAACGCUCACUGCUGCAUGAAGAUUCUUAAGGGAAACCUCAUGGAGAGUUUGUACGACAUGCCACAAACAGAGGGUCAGCCAUUGGUGUGCAAGAAAGAAACCGUGUUGAAGAACCAAGAAGUUGGAUACAUUGCCGACGAUAUUGGGUUGCACAAGAUUUCGAAUCCAGACCUGGAAGUGUCUGUGUCGUUGCACUUAUACACGCCUCCGUACGCAUCGAUGUAUGGGUGUAGCAUGUAUGAAGCUGGAAAUGGGAAGAAACACCAUGUUGAUAUGAGUAAGUAUUAUAGUUGGCAGGGACAGGUGGUGAGUGUGCUGGGAGGGCUGUCGUGUUAGACGUCAGCGCCUGUGCUCAGUGCCGCCAGUGCCAGUGCCGUCAGUGUGCCAGCUUUAGCUUAGAUAGAUGAAUGAGAUACGAUAAUUAUAAUA